AGACACGGCACGGUUCGGUACCUUUUAUUUUAGUUAAAAAAUUCGCCUCGUGAUCGGUUUUGGCGUAGGAAUUGCAGUUCAUAGUGGCCACCCUGCGGUGACCGAUACGAAGCACAAAUUGCACUUUCCCUACCUUCCCCGAACGGGCCAGUAAUUAGGCGGUUUAGUUACCAUCAUUCGCCGUGUAGGAUACCUGUACUACGUGGAAUUGUGCGUUCUUCUGUGUGGCAAACGAAGUUACGUGUGUCGUGAUUCGGAACGCUCCACUCCACCAGCACCUGAAGUGCGUGCGAGCAUCAGCUUUUUAGCGUGCAUCGCGACCUUCUCGGCAGCGACUGGUUCGACAUUCCAUCGGAGCGUGGCACGUACGGAUUCCGUUCUAGGGCUGGUUUGGCUGCUCGCGGAUGGGACCGUCGGAUGUUGUUGUUUUGCAAAUGUGAAUUGCCAUUAGUUAAUUGUCGCCAAACCAACAGCAUAUUCGUUGCAGUUAAUGUGGUGGUGGAGCGCGGCAAGGAAGUGGUGGUUGUGAAACACUUGCCGAAAGAAUAGUUUACAGCUUUUCCAAACAGCUACUACACCUGCGGUGGUUGAUUUAAAAAAGACGUGGAAAUAGCAACAUAAAAACGCCACAAGGUGAAACAGUGCAUCAUCACGGCCGUCAAAAGGCACUGUCCGAUUCAGCAUCUGUGACGGAAUUUCGGCUCUGCAAAAGCAGUCCAAAAACAAACGAAUCAUGGAUAAAUUUAUCAGCAUGUGGAAAGUGCGAGAACUCGCCGAUAAAGUGACAAAUGUCGUCAUGAACUACACAGAAAUCGAGGGUAAGGUGCGCGAAGCGACAAACGACGAACCGUGGGGACCAACCGGGCCGUUGAUGCAGGAGCUGGCGCACGCCACCUUCACCUACGAGCACUUUCCAGAGGUGAUGUCGAUGUUGUGGAAGCGGAUGUUGCAGGACAACAAAACGAACUGGCGCCGGACAUACAAAAGCCUGCUACUGCUCAACUAUCUCGUACGCAAUGGCUCGGAACGGGUGGUCACGUCGUCCCGGGAGCACAUCUACGAUCUGCGGUCGUUAGAAAACUACACCUUUGUGGACGAGAACGGCAAGGAUCAGGGCAUUAACGUGCGACACAAGGUGCGCGAGCUUAUCGACUUCAUCCAGGACGACGAUCGAUUACGUGAGGAGCGCAAGAAGGCGAAGAAAAACAAGGACAAGUACAUCGGCAUGAGCUCGGAGGCGAUGGGCAUGCGGUACGGUGGUAGCAGCGGUGGUGGUGGUGGUGGUGGCGGUAUGGACUAUGGCGGCUACCGGGAUAGCUACGAUCGCAGGAGUGAAGAUCGAUAUAAUGAAUCGUCCAGAGACCACCACGAGUACGACUACCAGUACGAAGGGGAACGGGAGGACUCGGACAACGAAUCGAACGGUCCGUACGAUCGCUCGAACCGCUACCAGGACCGGGAACCUUCGAAGAGUCCCGCCACCCGGCAAACGUCCACCACUCUGUCCACCGGUUCAACGACCGCUUUCGGGGGCGGUAGUGGCGGUACCGGGGGCAGCGAGCGAAAGAUUAACCUCAACAUCAAGCCAACCGGCUCGACCGCCGCAUCCACCUUCCCGGCGCCGCGUGCCGCCGCUACGACCGGCACGGCGAAAGUGACGAAAAAAAUCGAUCUCGGUGCGGCCAGCGGUUUUGCCAAGACGGCCGCCUUAAGUGCAGCUUCCGGGGCACCCUCGGAUCAACUCGGAAUCAACUCGCCGACGCACCGCAACACUCACGCGGAAGAGAUCGUUGGCAGUGGGAGCGGCAGCGGGAAGCAGCAGGAAAUCUUGGAAGAUCUCUUUAAAACGUGCCCCACGAAGCCGUCCGCUUCGCUCGUCGACGAGGAUGAUUUUAAUCCGCGUGCCACGGAGGAGUUUGGUGAUUUCGAGUCCGCAUUCGGUGGCGCCCCGACGGUGGCGGGCAAGGUACCUUCAGUUGCCGCCACCCCAGCCAGUGCUGCCCCGGUGAAAGGGGAUGAUUUUGCCGACUUCGCCGCAUUCGGUGCGGGACCGCAGCAGACGACGCAACAGCCCGCUACAAGUGCGGAUCUUUUGUUCGGUCUGAGCGUUGGUACGGGAACUGGAAUGGCAGGGCCGCAGGCUGGUGCACCGGUUGACAUUCUAUCGGAUUUAAGUGGCCUUUCGCUGGGCACUGGUGGAGCAACGAAUGCAUCCCGCAGCAUCGAGCCUGGCAAACGGCCGUCACCGUUUUCGCUGCUCCGACAUCGCUACAACGAGCUGAUCGAGUGUGUGCAAAACGUCAACCCGCAACAGCCGGCCAUUACCCGGGAAUCGGAACGGCAAGAAUUGAACGAAAAACUCACCCACCUGUUGGAGUGCUUACCGGGGCCGGUGCAACCAUCGGAAGUCCUCUACGGUACAGAUGCGCGAGUCCGCUGGGAUCAAUUUGCGAUGGAGGCAUAUUCGGGACUCCUUGAGACUUUGGUGCCACUAAAGGCGCACCUGGACGAUCGCCUCCUGCAUCGUAUCGUGCGCCUGGAUGCGAGCGCCCACUUUCCGUUGGAAGCAAUCAAUAUACUCACCCAAACUGCCACCCUCGACGGAAGCGCCGGAUCGUCGGAGGUGGCCAUCAAUUUGCUGACCACCCUCCUAGAGGAUAACACCGUACUACCAGCAGCAUUCCUUCACCUUUCGGCCACCGAGCGAGACGAUUCGAAACACAGCACCGAUCAUUCGCGACAGUUCAUUCAGUUGAUCACGUCCAUCCCGAACCGGGUGGCAAAUGUGCUACGGAAGCGAACUCCGUCUCGCUUUCUACCGACGCCAUAUAGUCGACUCCUGUGCCGGCAGCUACUCCGGGCACUCACAACCCUUGGCGAGUUGAUACAUUUUUACGGUCCACCAGAAGUACUGGAGCGCAUUGAAGGAACAUUUCUAUCGUCAUUUUUGAGUAAAAUUAUUACCGAUUUCCACCAGGACCGGCAGUCACCGGUGAUACGGUCAAUAUUGAUCGUCCUGCUGCACGGUAUCAGCUCUCAAAGCGAACCCCUGGGGACGUUCAUUCGUAAGGUGCUUCACGGGCUCACUCCAAAUGCGUUGGAAACUGUGGUUUAUAUUGCGCUCAACAAUCGUAUCAAUCUAUUACCCCUGUUCCGGGAACCAUUGGCGGCAAACUGGUCAUACGUGUUGCUCCAGAAGGUUCCCCUGUACAACUACUACUCGGACGCUGCUGGAGAGGUAAUCGGUCAGGAACUGAUCACGCUUCUCGCCGGUCUCGAUGAAAAUCUCGCCGGAAAUGGGGAACGGAGACAAACCGUCGAGACUACUAGUCUUCUGGGUCGACUUGCCGAGCAGCUGCUUGUGGUUUGGUCGAGCCGUACGGCCAUUCAGCGGACCAGCUUCGAGCAGCAUCUGUACGUGACGAAGCUUUUGCUGCGUGCCAUGAAAAAGCGGUGUGACAUUUCGCGACGGGGCAAUAUGGCGGAAACGCAAGAAAACAUCCGCCGUCUACUGUUCGAUGGGCUGCGGGCCCACCUGGAGUCACCGAUCAAGGAGAUGCGCUGCACGGGAAUGAUCACGGCGGAGCUGAUUAUGGGCUGGGUUGAUGCUGAGCGGGCGAACGAUGAUGAAGGGAACCGGUUGCGGUUCGACUACGCCGGGUUCGAUGAAGGCACUUUAGCUUUGAUCGACAGUUUGAAGAACAUUGAUUCAGCUGGAAAACAUGAUAAUGAUGGCCAGCAGAAGGAAACCAUCAACAAGGCGGUUGAAGAACUGUUAGAGGAAAAUUCCUCUGUAGAAGCUUUGGUUGUGAAAGUAAUGGAAUCUAAUACCGUAGUGAGACAAGCAAAGCGAACAGAUAAGCUGGAACAGCAGGACAGUGACGACGAUGAUACUGAGCGACCGGAGCCACAAUCUCCCCUCGAUUCCGAUGACGAUGACCUCCCAGUGUACGACAUGUCGAACGAUACCGAUCUCGAUGUCGAACGCUACCGGCCUAAAUAUUUGCUCGACCUACGAGACGCACUGAUCGAAACGGACUUCAAGCAGGACCCCAAGUGCUUCGAGCUAGCCGUAGAUACCGCGCCGGAUUUGAUCGCACAGCAACUGCCGAACAACGACCCCAAGCUGGCGCUGGACCUGCUGGAUAUUUUUCUUUCACUCGAAGCAAAGACACACAUGCCGACAUUUAAUGAGCGAAAAUUUGCCGCACUGGUGGAAAUUUGUGUAACGUUUCCUCGGGAAUCCGGCGUCUGGCUUUGCGGCCAGUUUCACGCCGAAGUGAGCCGCCAUUCGGUGAACCGGCGCAUCCUUAUGCUGGACGUGAUGACCGAGGCGGCCAAGGUGCUAUCGAACAAUCGAAAGGCGACAGAUGCUCCGGGAUCAACCCCGGCGCUAGUGAUGCCCUCUGGAGAUAAAAACCGACUGCUCGGUAUGUUCCGAGAUGAGGCGGAACGGCGUGCUCGUCGGGAGGAAGCCGAGCGUAUCGUACGCGAACGGAUCGAGCGCAAAACGCGGCGCUUCCGAUCGGCAAAUACCAGACAACAAGAGAACCCAUCAGCACCCGCCAUCGCCAACCGGUACGCCGAUGCUGCCGGAUGGUUCUUCUUUCCGCUGCUGCGUGGAUUUGGUGGUGGCCGGUUUCUUUUCACCGCCGGACUUCGCUUCCCUUACGAUGCAGAGAAUCUGCUGCUCGUCAGCUUUAUGCAGGCCCUCUCGGUCCUGAUGGUGUGCGCCGAAAACUGUCCCAUCGGAGUCCGGAUGGCAAGCCAGUUGUUUGCCCUGGGGAAGCUGCUGCGCUUCAACGAGGAACCGAAGGUGCGCCUCUCGGUAUUGCAGCUGGUGGCGGCCGUAUUCCUGGCGGUACGAGCGGAAACGCUGAGAGUUCAGUUCUACCAGGAGCUGCUGGAGCUUCGGGAGUGGCUCGAGGAGUGUACGCAGCAGGAUGUAGUUAAACGCGGUGAAACGAAUGAGGAGUGCCGCCAGCUGGCUCGGAACGUGCUGGCCAUGUGCUACGGGGUGCUAAUCGAGGAGCAGGACCAACUCGACCGCAGAGAACGACUUUAGAUUACAACGCCAGUAGUGGAAGUGUAAACAAUAACGAAAGUGCGCAAAUUUUCGUAAAUAUGAUACAAACAAUACAUCCCACAGAGAGACCGCUCGUGUUCUGAUAUGGAAACCG